AUGUCUCAACGAGAAGCCUAUCAACUUCCAACCCAGUCCGGUGGUUACAAUCAGUAUGCUAGUGGCUACGCUGCAGGGGAUGCAUCCGGUGGUCCAACAGUUCAAUAUGUUUGUGGCGAGUGUGCUGCGAAAGUCAGUCUAGGAAGAGGUGAUGCCAUACGAUGCAGUAUGUGCGGCCAUAGAGUUCUCUACAAGGAGAGAACCAAGCGAAUGGUGCAAUUCGAGGCUCGAUGA